AGAGAAUUCGGAUUAACUUUUCACGUGAAAUCUACUUGCCAAGACAACAAACACAACAUACGUGGUAGUGGGUUUAGAUAGCUGAGCAAAACAAAGGCCAGUCCCCUUUUCUCAAGUUACUAAAUUACUCGAUAAAGCUGCUACCCUACCUGCCUAGCUAUAGAAGCUCCACCAGCAAACAAACCCCGCCACAACGGUUUAUCGCGACCAGUCAGUUCGCACCAGUAAGUCGUCGACGAUGGCAACGGCUCGACCUAGCAUCGUGGGCCCGGACUCGGGUCCCGAGUCACCAUUUCCAUACAAGAUGGAGGGCAAAGUCAUAUCUGGAUUUGGCAGAGGAUCCAAAGAGCUUGGCAUCCCGACAGCCAACCUCCCUGUCGACGCCACCAUCAGCCCCUGGAUCUCCUCAAUCUCCUCGGGCGUCUACUACGGCUGGGCAUCCCUCCAGCUUCCCCCAUCCCACCCGGAGUCCCCGUCAUCUUCCUCUUGCUCCCCAUACGUAGUCUUCCCCAUGGUCAUGUCCAUCGGCUACAACCCCUUUUACAACAACACGGAGCGGUCCGCCGAGGUGCACAUCCUGCACAAGUUCACGGCUGACUUUUACGACGCCCCUAUGAGGCUGCUCAUCCUGGGCUUCAUCCGCGAUGAGAAGAACUACGACUCCCUAGAGGCCCUCGUCAAGGACAUCAACACGGACUGCGACGUUGCUAGGACGAGUCUGGACAGGAAGGCUUGGGUACCCCAGGGCGGGCUGUUGCACCCCGCUGUCGAUGUGCGAGAGAAGCAAGGCGAUCUCGAUGGGAGUUGGCUUGUGAGGCCGAACGAUAGCCCGAGCGCUUAGAGUGGGCUAUAGAUUGUAGAGACACUGUAUUUGCCAUCACUUGCAUGAGUUGAGUUUAUAGGAACAUGCUUGGCGCGUCUCAAAAUAAUGAAAGCUCGAAUCUUUUUCAUUCGCUAAUAUGUACGAGUGACCGAUGAAACGCACACCGCACAAUCCCCUAUGUGUUGGACGUGCCCGCGGGGGAAAGGAAAAUAAAAUAAAACAAAACAAGAAAACUUGGGUAUCCUUUGUUGCUACUUGUUCCAGGAAAUAUGAAUAGAAUGAGCCUUCAGUGUCC